UCCUAGUCCCAAACUUUAUUUCUUAUCAAAACACAAAAAAUUUUUAUCAACACAAAAUGUAAAAAUUCGCCGAAAAUCGAAAAUUGCUGUAGAAAUACGAAUAGAAUUUUGAAAAACUUUGUUCUUAAAAGUCAUCUAACUUCGUAAUAUUCUAACAAAAAUGUGGAACUCGGUGCGAUAUGUUUGUAAAAAAAGUAUUACCCAGAUGGCCAACUUCAAUAAUUCACUUCAUCCGGUGAAUGCUAUUUUAAUACGUUCUUAUGCCGAUCACUCCAAAGCUUCUCAUAUGUACACGAAUUUUAUGAACUCCGGACCAGAUCUUACGAAAGAAGAUAACGCUAAACUGUCGAAAUGGAUGAAACUUAAUGAAAAAGUUUACCCUCCUCAAGAUCCCUCAGAACCUCCGAGACCUGCUUACGUUUGCCAUGAACUAAUCAACUUAAAAUACAGUCCGAAGAAAAUGUGGUAUGUUUGUCGUUUUGUUCGUGGACUAACAAUUGACGAAGCUCUUAAGCAGCUAGCACUGGUCGGAAGAAAAGGUGCAGAAAUCGCGACACGAGCAAUUAAUGAAGCGGCUGACAUGGCUGUGAAGGAUCACAAUGUUGAAUUCAGAACUAACUUAUGGAUCGCUGAGUGUUUCCAUGGCAGAGGUGUAAUGGUGAAAGGAGUACGUAGACAUGCUAAAGGCAGAAUCGGUUUGGUUCAUUACAGAUAUUGCAACUUUUACAUAAGAUUAGAAGAAGGUAAGCCUCCGGCGGAUUAUUAUAGAAAAGGAGACCGAUCUGGUCCUGCGUUGCUUGAAAAAUGGGUAACUGAAAUGAGAGGUCGUAAAAUUUAUAAUACUUUGUAAUAAUGUUAUUAGUCUUUGUGAAAAUAUAUUUGUACAUUUUGUUAUCGUA